AUGCUGUGUCCGGUAGCGACAGGACCUAAUGCCAUUCCAGUGUCCCUAGAGCGGGGGCACCGUCCCCUCAACAUGGUAGAGGAAACGGAAAUGGGCGAUGAGGUCCUGAGGGGGACUCAGCCGCCUUCGGAAACCCGGUUGGAGUCUGGGCCGGCACCGAUGCGGAGUGAAGAGGCUCCGUGCGAGGAGAAGGAUAGUAGAGGGAAAUCUGCAGAAGCGACAGAAGAAGACUGCAGGCCAGAAGCGAUAGAGACUAUGCCGCACUGGUGGAGGGAAACUAGUGCGAAGGAAUCUUGCAGCCAAGGAGGAGCCUUGUGUUACGUGGGUGCAACAGCGAUACUUCGCGUUGAGCUUGCAGGAAGUUCAUGCGAGGGACUUUUGGACACAGGCGCUUCGAGAAGUUUCAUUAACCCUAAAACAGUCGAACGGUUGCAGCUGAGGGUGCAGAGACUUCCAGAAGAGCAUAAAUUCGAUGUUGCUACAGGUGAACAAUUACGCAAUGAUGGAGUGGAGUUGUGA